UAUUUAUGUGGUCUGAGUAGUUCAGAAUUUUCGCUUUUUUCCGUAGCCUUUUUUUCCUUCCAAAAGUCCUUUACCUUGUGCUGCUGGCAGCUCCCCUCUCUCCCCCUGAUGAAGCCUACAAUUACAGCAACCCUGGGACUGGUCACUCUGCAAUUACAUGGUCCACCGCAGAGCUUCACUUUAGCACUCCUCUGGAACAAAAACAUACAGAGGGAAUGUGCAAAGCAAAGAAAGAAUAAGCAAAAGAAAGAAAGAAUGAGUAAAAGAUAGAGAGAAUGAGCGAAUUAGUUAAAAAUAAAGAAGUUAUUUUCCCCUGCUCAUGUGGCGGUCGGAUUUCUCGUCAGUCGGGAAGGCGUCGUGGCCCAAACUGGGCUCCAGGGUUGACUGACACAAGGCUGCGGGCUCUCUCUGCCCCUCUAGCUCCCUCCACCCACCACCAGCGACCGACACCCACCACCAAGACCCCAAACAGAAACCUCCCUGCCGGUGGCAGAACAACUCUGAGCAGUCCUGUUAGAGCAGGGCUGGUGGAGAGAGAGAGAGAGAGAGAGAGAGAGAGAGAGAGAGAGAGAGAGAGAGAGAGAGAGAGAGAGAGAGAGAGAGAAAGAGAGAGAGAGAGAGAAUGAGUGAGGCGGAUAAAAAGAGUUAAAGAGAGGAACCGAUACGGCCCAGAGUAAGAGAGAGAUUGAGGGGGAGAGGGAGGGAGAGAGAGAGGAAAAUAUCCAAACAACAAGGGUUUCUAUGGGCCAGAGGGAGCAGAAUCAUAAGCCAAAUCAAUGAGUCCCCAGAGGAAGGAUUGACCUUUAACCUGCGGAGCGAGGAGACCGGUGCCGAGGUGUGUUUGGUGAAGAAGACAUGGCGGCCUCUCUAAACGACUCCAGACAGAGCCCCUCCAUCUCCACCUGUUCUCCCAUGAGCAGAGUCAAGGCCCUCCAGGUGGACUCGGUGCAGCGGUGGAUGGAGGACCUGCGCCACAUGACGGAGGUGGAGUGCAUGUGCGUGCUGCAGGCCAAGCACAUCGGAGCGGAGGAGGAGGGCGGCCACCAGGGGGAGCUGAUCGUGGCGUCGGCGCUGGGGGCGGGCGGCGAGCACGUGGUGACCCGGAACAACCUGCAGUCGCUGCUGCGCCGCGCCCUGGUGGUCAGCACCGAGCUGGGCAAGAUGUUCCAGAGGCUGGAGAAGGGCCGCUGGCAGAGGGUGCACAGCACGGCCGUGCGCGCCAACUGCCACGUGCGCUCGCUGGUGCAGGAGUACGGGGCGGCGCGGAGCACGCCCCCUGAGAUGCAGAAGUAUGAAAAAAGUCUACUAGAAAAGUGCAUGGAGCUCACCAACAUCACAGAGAGGUGCCUGCACACCGACGAUGAGUUCUUCCUCAAGUCCAUGAGAGAAGCUAUCCAUGAGAUUCUCACUAACGUCAGCGAUUCGUUCAGCAACAUGAUUGACAUGGCACUGGCCAAUGAAAUCCAGGUGUUGAUCAAACAGGUGGAGUCGUCGGACAGCGUGUACACUAUCAGCAGCGCCAUCAGUAACCUGCUGUCCCUGACUCAGGACGGACCACAGCUGUGCAGCAUCAUCGCCAAGGAGGGAGCGGUGGUGGCCUUGUUCAAGAUCUGUCGCCAGGACUGCUUCAGCGACCUGUACGCCCACGCCCUGAGGACUGUGGCGUCCAUCUGCUGCGUGGAAGAGGGCAUCAAACAACUGGACAAGGUGGAUGGAAUCUUGUGCCUGGCUGACAUCCUGACAGAGGAGAACAGCGAUGAGGCGGCGAGGGCGGAGGCAGCAGCGGUCGUGGCUCAGAUCACCUCCCCCCACCACACCUCCACCCAGCACCUGGCCAGUUUCCUGGAGAGCAUGCAUGACAUCGUCACCGCACUCAUCAAGCUGUGUGCCACGGCGUCCUGUGGCGAGGUGUUCCUGCUGGCGUCGGCCGCCCUCGCCAACAUCACCUUCUUCGACAGCAUGGCCUGUGAGAUCCUGCUGCAGCUCAACGCCGUGCAGAUCCUGCUGGGGGCCUGCAGCGACCGGCAGCGUGUGGACACGCCCUACUCCAAAGACCAGGUGGUGACCAUCUUGGCAAACCUUUCUGUUUUGGGGCAGACGGCACCUGAAGUUCUUCAAGAGAAAGGGAUCGAGCGUCUGCUGGUGCUGCUGGGGGAGACACCGUCCUCCCCCAGCCCGUCGGAGGGCGCUGCCUGCGAGCGCGUCCAGCAGAAGGCGGCCGUCACGCUGGCACGGCUCAGCCGAGACCCGGAGGUCGCACGCACCGCCAUCCUGUUGAACGCUCCGGCUCGUCUCAUCAAGCUCUGCCGCUCCCCCGCCGAGCGCAACAACAGCGAUUCUGUGCUGGUGGCCUGCCUGGCUGCUCUCAGGCGGCUAGCGGCAGGGUGUCCAGACGGCAUCGAACCUGCGGACCACCAGCAGCUCAUCAAGCCCCGGCUGGUGGACUCCUUCCUGCUGUGCUCCAACAUGGAGGAGAGCUUUGUGUGAUCCUGCUCCU